AAACAGUAGUAAAAUGAGCGAAUUUAAGACACCGACAACGAAGAGAUAUAAAAGUAGGAUACAAAAUAAUCCAGAAUUGCAAACGCCUAUUAAAAUACCAGCUUCACCGUUUUUAGAGCAAAUAGGUUAUGGAUGCGGUGUUAACGUAUUUAGCCUGGAACGAUCUCCAAAAGUUGGUUUUAUCCGAUCUCCAUGGGCGAUAAAAAAACGUAACUGCAAAAUUAAGGAAAAUAAAAAAUAUAAUGAACGCAUUCGAUUCGAAGCAGAAGUACUUCGUAAAUUAAAUCAUCCAAACAUUGUUGGUUUUCGGGCUUUUGCGGAACUUUCAAAUGGCGAGCCAUGCUUGGCAAUGGAAAAAUUAGACGCUUCUUUAGGUGAUAAGAUAGAAGAAAGACUCGAAACUGUUGAUGAUCCAUUUCCUGCUAAAGAUAUUUUAAAAAUAACGUAUGAAAUUGUAAAAGGAUUAGAAUAUUUGCAUCAUACUGCCCAUAUUUUACAUGGUGAUAUAAAAAGUUAUAAUGUGUUAGUUUCUGCAGAUUAUAAAACUGUUAAGCUAUGUGAUUUUGGCGUGUCUUUGCCACUUACAAAUAGUUUAGAAAUGUGUACUUCAAAUGGAAACUUUACAUAUGUGGGAACAGAGUGUUGGAGUGCACCUGAAAUAAUAUUUGAGGAUGGUCCUGUUACAAAUAAAGCAGAUAUUUGGGCAUGUGGUCUUGUAGUUUGGGAGAUGAUAGCCUUGUCAUCACCUCAUGUAGAAUCCUCAGAAAUGGAUGAAUCCUGCUUAGAUGAUUCAAUGUUAGAAAUGCAGAUGAAUAGCAAUACAAAAACAAAUGAACAUGAUAUAAAUAUAGAUGAUGAUAAUAGCUUUCUUAAUGAAAUAUGCAAUAAAAACUAUGGUACUCGUCCUGCAUUACCUGCUAUUAAUCUAGAAAAAGAAUAUGAGAGAGUACUUGAGGUAUUUUUUGCAUGCACUACUGCAGACUAUAAAGUGAGGCCUAGUGCAAAAGGUCUUGUUAAUUAUUUUAAAAAUUACGUAUAUAAAUAAUAUAUAGAUAUAUACAUUACUGCUUUUAAUACUUUUUAAAUAAACAAUUUUAUGAAUGUUAUAACUUGAUAUAGCUGUGAAACAGAUUAAUGACAUGUAACAACUGUUUUCAUUUAUCUAAAUAUACUAAUUUUUAUUAC